AUGGCUGCAACAACAGCCCCGACACAUGUCAGUCAUCACGAUGCCACACGUGCCGCAGUGUCCACUACGGCACUGGGGGCUUGUGCUCUGCGCGUCUGGGAGUCAAAGAAGGACCCUGCGGAACGUUUGAUCUACGAUCCCUUUGCCGCGGUGCUCUGUGGCGAUGAAAGCCCCGAGUUGCCUUUGCAGGAGGAGGUUGGACAGAACAAGGAAUUCUGGCUGGAUUUCAUCGGGGUUCGAUCUCAUUGGAUCGACCAAGAAAUCAGCGAGCCUGCCAUGGCUCAGCUGGUGAUUCUGGGAGCUGGCUUAGAUACACGCGCCUAUCGUUUGCCCAAGCUGAAGGACGUUUUGGUCUUUGAGGUGGACUUUGAAGAGGUCUUAACUGCGAAGGCCACCCUCCUGGAAGCCCAUGCGCCGGUGGCGCAGCUCCACAGGUGCCCGGCCAACUUGAUCACUGCCCCCUGGGAGGAGCAGCUGCUGCUGCGGGGCUUUGCCAAAGAUGCUCCGACGAUGUGGCUGUUGGAAGGAUUGACGGGAUAUCUCACCGAAGAGGAGCUGGAGAUGCUGAUGACAAAGGUCUCCAGCCUAGCGCCCGCCGUGUCCAAACUGACAGCUACCUUUGUGGGGAGCAGCAUGCGGGAGAACGUCACCUCCAUGCAUCGCUAUUUGGUCUCCGGUCCAGAGCAGAUUGAGACACUGCUCAGUCGAUUUGGCUGGACCGCUUCCGUGCACAGACUGGGAGAAGUUGCUGAAAAGUACAAGCGACGGCGCAUCCCGAAGGACUACGGUUACUUCCUGGUGUCUGCCGCGCUGAUGGCAUCUUCCACAUCCAUCCGACCCGACAAGACCCAGCCACAGAUACCCAGCGUGGGUGCCACGGAGGUGACCUACCACACCUUGAUUUCGACCUUUGGCAAAGGCCAUCAAUCUCUGAAGGCUAUGCAGGCCUUGGAAUCCAUGAGACACUCAUCUCUGCGUCCCGGCCUCCCCGGCUACAAUGCAGCUAUCCGGGCGCUUGCCAUAGAGGACAACUUCGAGGACUUUGUCGGCCAGCGCUGGGGUGAAGCAUUGAAGCUCUACAGGCGGAUGGAAGAAGAUUCGCUGAGACCCGAUUUGGGGACAUACAACGGGCUUGUAAGUGUCUAUGGUAUGGCAGGCAAGUGGAGCUGGGCUUUGCAGGUGCUCGAAGAUGUGGCGCAGGCGCGCCUGACUCCUGAUGAGGUGACCUGGAGCAGCGUGGUGGAUGCCUGCGCAGAAAGCUCGCGCUGGCAGGCAGCCACCAGCUGCUUCUUUGCGAGGCGGUCAGCACCCAAUGUGGUCACGUCAAGUGCCUUGAUCAAGGCGUAUGAACGGGCCAGCCAGUGGCAGUUGGCCCUUCUAUUCUUACAGAAGAUGCGCCGUGAAUCGAAGUUACCAAGGCCCAACCAGAUUUCUUGGAGCAGCGUGAUGAGUGCAAGCACCCAGGGCUUUGCAUGGCAACACGCCCUACUGCUGUUGAAGAUGGCUCAAAGGGAUGGCAUUGAGCUCAAGGCUUCGAUGUGCAAUGCCGCCAUGAGUGCGUGCGCUGCCAGCAAAGAAUGGAGGCAAGCGAUGGCCUUGCUGAGCGAGUGCGAACCUGACUUGGUGACCUACAAUGCCUUUCUGGCGGCCUGCGAAGCAUCACAGUGGGAGAGAGCUUUGACGGUGAUGAACUUGCUGAAAAAGCAACCAAACUUUUUGCCCGAUCUUAUCAGUUUCAACAGCCUUCUGGCAACCUUCGAGAAGGCCAUCAAGUGGGAGCUUGCCCUAUCAGUUCUCUUGGAGAUGUGCGGUGGAGAGGUUCAAGCUGAUGAGAUCAGCCAGAACGUAGUCAUCUCGGCCUGUCAGCAGGCUUCCCGCUGGCAGGUUGCGGCAGACAUGUUUUUUUCACAGUCGCUGGUUCGAAGUCAAGGAGAUCCCUUGAGUUGCGCCUCUGUGGUGCUGGCCAGCGAAGAUGUACAGAAACGACAUCAAGUGCAGGCGGCUUCAAGGGAAGCGGUGCUGAGGAUUGGCCGAUGGACGGCAGGUAUGCUGCCGCGGGGCCAGGACCCUUUAGUCUUGAUCAAUGCUCUCGGUGGUAUGUUACGCUCUCGCAGCUGUUGGCCCCCAGCUGCAGAUCUGACUUUUGCACGACAGGUAUACAAUCCACUGAUGACGGCCUUGGUGACUGGCACAGGACACAAAAUCGCUGGCUUAGCGGGCUUGGCCACGGGCUUCUUUGCAGACGCCUUGGAGGGUCGCUUCCCCAGAGUUGGAGCUCUGAAUGUUCUUAGCGGCUUCGCUGGGCCCUCGAGCGCCAUGACGGGUCGUCUCGGCCGACCGCGGGGCCUGGCGGUGGCCGCACUGUCGUUGCUGUGUUAUGAAACUGUGGACUUCACACUGACAGGACGCUCCUGGCAUGCGCCGCCCCGGGUUUCUGCGGUGACCACGUCUGCGGUGUUGGAUCGAAGCGACGCUCUGAAGACCUUGGGCCUCGAAGGCAGUCAGUUCAGCAGCACGUUCAGCGACGAUGAGCUGAAGAAGGCCUACCGCCAGGCAGUGCGACGCUCGCACCCUGAUGCCCCCGGAGGUAGUGCGAAGAAGUUGCAGAAGGUCAAGGAUGCUUACGAUUACCUCAUGACCGCCCCCAGCAUCAAAGUCUGGGACGAGGGUAAGCGCCAGUACGGCGCCAAUAGCAACCCUGGCAGCAGCGGUUUCCCCGACGUGGGCAGUUCAAAGCCCAAACCCAACGCCAUGCGAAGAGAGGUGAUUCUGGGCGGUAUCGUUGGCGCCACGCUGCUGUCCAUCGCCAUUGCCUCGCAGGUGGUCUCCACCGAUCGACGGGACGAGUACUUGCGUUCCCUAGAGGUUGAAGGUGACGGUGCACUGCCCGAUGGCUUGGAGCCAGGGAAGAAGCUGCCGCCAGUGGUGGCGCAGGGGAAAUUCCUGCGUGGCCAGGAGUACAUUCGAUCAGCUGAAGUGGCUUUGAAUUCCAGAUGUCAGGUGCUGUUGCUGGGCGAUCUGCUGCCGGGCGGCGAGCGCAUGCUGGGCAUGGGCUCGCCGGAACGUGCGCUGGCGCUCACCAAGCUGCUGGGCACGGUGCUUGCUGCAUCCUCUGGUGACAGAAGAUUGUACAAAUCCGUGACGGCAGUGAUCAGCCAAAACGACUUGAACCUCGUGGCCAACAACUUACGGCGCCUCGAGGACAACGGUGCUGAUAUCCGCGAGCCCAGAUCACCGUAUCUCAUGUUCGGUGGUGGGGCAGUGCUGCGUUUCCAGAAGGACGAACCGGAGCAGGAGCUCCUGUUGCUUCCGUCGCAACGGCUCUUCGUGGCCAGUUCAGACUUUGACCCCUUGGGCCCCAAGACCUUGUCUGAGAUGCACAAGCCGAAUUUGGUGGUCUUCGAUUUGACGAAGGAUCAAUGGAUGGAACUUCGAGCGCAGUUUGCACGGCUGUCAGGGAAUGACGUGCCUGUCUCUGAGCUCGAGUCAGAGGAGAUGCUUCAGUCUUUGCAAGCAUCGAUCACAGACGAGAAGCCGGCACCUGCGGAGAAUGCAGAGAGCCCCUGAGUUCCAAGCGCUGCCCCGGCCCAUGGAAAUGGGAGGUAAUUAACAUGAUUAGAUGUGG